AUGACUGAUGAAUUUAAUCGUUACUAUAUCAGAAUUCGAGCUAUUUUAGGAAUAGAUUCAAAAACAAUCUUCGACGAACUUACAGAGGCAUUGGGAUCUGAUGCUUCACAUUAUGCAAUGGUCAAAAAAUGGACGAAACGUUUUCGUGAAGGAAGAGAAGAUGUCAGUGAUGAUCCUCGAUCUGGCCGUCUGAUUUCGGUACUUACAGAUGAAAAUAUUGAGCUUGUUCGACAAGUGAUCGAAGAUGACCCACACUCAACUUAUGAUGAUGUUACAGUUGAAACUGGUCUAUCUUGUGAUACAAAAGAACGAAUUAUUCAUGAUUGUCUAAAGAUGAGAAAAGUUACAUCACGUUGGGUUGCUCAUUAA